ACGAUCGACUAUUUUCAUGCUCAUAAGAUGAUGAUGAUGCAGUUUCUCUCUCUGUUUGGUUGGAUGAUGUUCACAUAUCAUUUUCACGGGUCUUUUGCUAACAAGGAUUUCCAAAAUAACGUCAACGAAUUUGUUAAGAGCAUCAACUGUACGUUGCAGAUGUUCCACGAGAACGCGACCGCUUUCUCCACGCUGGACAAGAGCUACUCAGAGAUACAGAAAACUGUCAGCCUGUUUGAGGACACCCACUGGAGAAACAUUCUCUACCAAAUCAGUAACCGAACUAACAAUAUAACAAAAGCACGACGACGGAGCUUACUGCAAAGGGCAGAGGUCUUGGAAAACAAAAUAUCGCAGUAUGUGAAAAGCACAGCCGAGCCGAGUUAUAACGACAGCGACUUUCGGAGGAAGGGUAAGGAAGGUUUCACGACUCCCUACCAGUGGUACUAUCCAUACCACCGGUCAAGUGACGUUUUCCUACCCAUUGUCAAAACAACCGACAACGCCACCAACAACGAUAUCUUCUGGACAGAGAACCUGGUGGAUAUCAACCUCCCUCCCUCCAACGGCUACUUUAUAGGUACCGUUAACAGUGUGCUGCGCUUCUACCCGGGCACCGUGUGGCCCCAGCAGUAUGACAUGUACGAUGUUAGACAUCAGUCUUGGUUUCUACAAGCGGCUAGUUCUAAACAUGAUAUUGCCUUAGUGAUUGAUAGGAGUGGGUCUCUGUAUGGGAGACCUCUGAAGACUAUAAAGGGGAUUGCUAGGUUGAUAAUUAAACUCAUACCUGCUAACCACAGGUUCAAUGUUUUCCUCUUCAAUAACGAAACAGUUCCUCUUAAAGAGUGUUAUGGGAUGGAGCCUCUACCGGCUAACGCCUCAGUAAAAAGCGCCAUGUUGGUGGAGCUAGACCGGAUUGAAGCUACACAACCGGGGUUGUUCAAUGACGCUCUGCUAAAAUUGGAGAAGUCUUUCUUUGCAAAAUCAGACAGGGACAAAACCUGUAAGAAAAUGAUCAUCCUCUUCACCGAUGGCAAGAUAGACUUCGACCUCAAAAAAGUGCAAGAAACACUGAAACGUUUAAAGCUGAGUCUACUAGUGUUGAAUUUUUCCAGCCCCAGCUCGUUUGGCCCGAACCAGAAUCUCCGGGAGAUGACAUGUCAGGUUGGGGGACGCUUCGUGUUUGUUAACAGGAUAGGGGACUAUUUCAAGGCGGCAGACAUGUUCUUUGAUACGGUGUGCUCUCGUUCUGUCGGGAACAUUGAGGCUGUUUCACCUCGGUGGUCAAAUCCUAUCGUGACAUUUUACAACAAAAAGAGCAUGAUAGUUUCUUAUCCUCUGUUCAACAAGACGGGAACAGCAAAUAUCUUGCAGGGUGUACUGGGAACAGAGAUUUUGUUGGAUGAGUUCGUUUCAGACUUCAGUCUUGAGGCUGGUGGUCUGGCCUAUGGGAUAAUUUCUUUGCCAAACGGUAAAGUUAUCAACCAUCCUAGACUGAUUUCAUCUGAUAUAGUGCCUACGUUAGCUCAAGCCAGUGUUGAAUCUGGUGAAAUUCUGUAUCCCUCCGAGAUUAUGGAGAGUUCCCCGAUAACAAAAAUACAAUUUCCUGUGAUAGAAGAGACUAUAGACGGUACAAUCGGUCAGUUGAAGUUUCAACUUGUCGUGCCUGAGAAUGAUGCCUACAAUGUAUCAAUAAAUAAGAUUAAAAAAGAGAUCGAAACUGCGGACGAAAUUAUUUACGACAACUAUGGGGAAACGUUGUUUAUACGACCCAUAGAGAAAACGCUACACCCAUUUAACUUCAAAGAGGAGCGAGUGUCCAUGUUUGCCUUUGAAGCGUGCGGAGAAGGAUGGCUUAAAACGGAAACACUCCGGAGAAAUUGUCCCGACCACCAGAAGUACGUUCUCCCCAUAGUCCGAGACGUGGUCGUGGCUAGAACUACGGUCAACUCGUGGAAGAAACUUGAAGACGCCAACAAACAAACAUUCACCAGGGGAAACUUUCUACUUUCCAGAAACGGAGUACUGUGGAGCAAUCUGUCUUACUACAGGAACGCGGUUCCUAACAAGGUUCCCGAGUACUUGGAGUUCAGUGCAGACCCUAAAAAGUUCCCAACUGGUACUCUGUUAGUGACUCGACCCAUCAAGAACAGUAUGCACCUUAGUAAGAGUGUAAACAUCAAUUACAAGGAGGGAUACACUGUAGCCAGGGGAGAUAAACAAAGUAACCAGAGUAACCAAAGUAACCGGAUAGUUGUAUCAGUUAUGGGUGUCGCACUUAAGUACCCUCGAUUUUCAGCGGUUAUAGAUAAACUGCAGGAAGAGUUUAGCCUGGAUAAUGAAAACUAUCAGUUGUAUUUACUGGACCACAAGGGUUACAUAGUGCACUCUUCCCUGUCAAAUGAGGUGGCGUUCUUUGGGGAUGUUAACAGUGCCUUGUUUGAUAUCCUCGUUAAACACGGCUACUUUAUUAAGAAGACUUUUAAAGAUUGUCUAUGUACAAAGGAAGUUGAGUUUAAAUCAGAGGGUCAGAGACUAUCUUUGUUCAUUGUACAGCUAAUAGCGAAAUUUAUCUCUUCCGCUGUGGCUGUUGCCGUGAGUUCUCUUUCUUUGAUAAGAGAAGCCUUUUCAUUCAUAAUGCCUGAGACCAAAAUGGUAGAACAAUGCUGCCGGACCAUUUACGCUUACGAGCGGAACUUCACAGUCAGCAAUUACAGGGGGGAUGAGUAUAACUUUUGUCCGAGAGACAAAGAAACUCACUGUACGGAGAGGUACGCCAUACAACAUGUUCCGAACACUAACUUACUCCUUGUUCUGACCAUUAAAAGAGACAAUCCGAACUGUAAUUGCAGGCAGGUUCCCCAGUCAAGACUAGGUCCUGUGGUGAGGGUCUCCGAUUGUCAUGAUGAUUUAAAGGGUUCUGAGGGGUCGCUUAAUGAGGAUUUGUGUUACGAUGACGUCACACUUGGUGAUGAUGACGUCACACUUGGUGGUCUGUCUGAUGAUGAAACUUGUGAUGGAAUAACCCCCAAACCCACUUUCUAAUGUACUAUUUUUCAGUUGAACAUGUUAUUAUAAGUUCUAUUGAUUUUAUUUUUAAUCAUUUAUUACGUUAAGGGAUAUGUUUGUUUGUUCGGAAGCUAAAUUAGAAAUUGGUGAGGACUGCUUGAACAAUACAUAAACUGUUGAUAAUCUAUAAGUAUUUUACCGAAAGAGCUCGAUUUAACC